CAAAUGGGAAUGGGCCAAUUCAUAAAUAAGGGAUGAUAGAAUGAAUUGAUUACAUCGGUAUUGUUCCUUCUCCUCUGGGAGGUCUUCCCUCAGAUCGUUUUCCUUGACCAAAGUAGAGAUGCCGACGGUGUGCAACUGGCGGCGGCGGCGGCUUCAUGCCAGCCUUCCCAAUGGCUUCGGUUACAACUCUCAUCUACCCCAAGCAGCAAAGCCUUGAUAGGAUGCGGUUCACCUCAGAUUCAAAUUCCUGCCUCGCCAAGUUGGAUUGUCGAAAAGGUCCUCUUUAUUUUCAGUCGGGCAGAAACGAGUAUACCAACGGCCAUCAAAAGUCCCGCACGCGCUAAGGAGACAACCUUAGCUCUCAGGCUAAUUGCUAUUGGGGACCCUUUCCCGCAGUGUGUCAAAGCAGUCCAAGGCAUUCUGGGAAAAUCCCGCCUUUUCCCGAAAGCAUCAGGUGUGGAGACGCCGACGGUCUCACUAGUGCGAGCGGCCGCCUGCUCAGCCAGCCGAUUUGGGGCUUCGCUGUGGGUUUGGGGAAUAGCGCCUCAGCGCUCCCGCCCUUUGUUUGGCGCUCCGUCCCCGUAAGGGCGCCUGGCUGAUGUUGCCAAGAAAAACCCCGCUCUGUGCCCACUGACGCGCAUCGCUGAGUGACUCAAACCUACGUCACCCCCGCCCAGGCAAAAGACGUGCGCCCUCCCCGGGUGAAGAAAGCGUCUCUGAAGCGCUCCCUCCUCACGACCUAGGCACUCGAGGCUUCGGUUUCCAGGACUAGACAGCCACCGAGCCAGCCGGAGAGGCGGAUCCGGGGCGGCUGCUACGCCGUCCAUCGCUAUCAGAAAGGGUUUGGGUGGACCUCCGCGAACCGCACGAGCCGAGUCCUCCCAAGCGGCCAGAAGGACGCGAGCGGGGAGCUGCAAGAGGAAGACAAGGGGGUCGGGCAAACGCGGCGCGGUGCGCAGACCUGAGCAGCUGAUGCGCGCGUCAGAGCCCGGAGCAUUGAAGCCGCUCGCUUUCUAAGCACCAACUCCGCUCCGUUCCUGGACAAGUCGCUAAGCAGGUGCCUGGCGGAGUCCCUCAGCUCCCGCCCUCCCUCCCUCCCUCCAGGCGUUUAUUUUUUUCGUCGCGGAGAAGUUCGCUGUGGCACAGGGUGGGCGACGGAGGGAUCCGCGGCCAACCCAGGAAAGCAGCUGGCCGCCUCUAAGGGAAACGGGCAUCUUGUGCCUCAGCCUUUUCCCCCAGGGUUGAGAACAACUGAACAGUCACCUUCCCAUCUACAAAGCACAAAAACACAUUACAGGGAAAAUAUUAAAUUGGAUCAUUAUUGUCACUGCUAUUACAGGUCUCACACAAAUGACUCAGAUCUGAUGUGUUAUCCCUAAAGCCAGCACUUGCCCUUUUAAAGUUUUAUUUCAUCUGGCCUUGAAAUAAAUCUAUAAGUGACUACACCAGAUCAUCUCAAUGCCUAAGACCAGCAAAGUAACUCAGCGAGAACAGAGCAAUGAGCCUGUCACAGAAUCAGUGGCUGAUCUGCUGGCUCUGGAGGAACCUGUGGACUACAGACACAGUGUCUUAAAUGUGGCUUCAGAAAACUGGAACAAACAGCAGGUUGGGGAGGAAGCAGAGGAUGACAGACCAGCGUGGAACAACAAGCUACAGUACAUUUUGGCUCAAAUAGGCUACUCUGUGGGCCUGGGGAAUGUAUGGCGGUUUCCAUACUUGUGCCAAAAGAAUGGUGGAGGUGCUUAUCUAGUUCCCUAUCUGAUCCUGCUCAUCCUUAUUGGAGUCCCCCUCUUUUUCCUGGAACUGGCCGUAGGGCAGAGAAUCCGCCGGGGCAGCAUAGGAGUGUGGAAUUACAUUUGCCCUCGAUUAGGUGGCAUUGGAUUUGCCAGCCUCUUAGUCUGCUUGUUUGUUGGACUCUAUUAUAAUGUGAUCAUUGGAUGGAGCAUCUUCUACUUUUUCAAAUCCUUCCAAUAUCCUUUACCUUGGAGUGAAUGUCCUAUUUUGAAAAAUGGCUCAGUGACAAUUGUAGAACCAGAAUGUGACAAAAGCUCUGCAACUACUUUCUUCUGGUAUCGUGAUGCCCUGGAUAUUUCCAGCUCCAUUUCAGAGAGUGGUGGACUUAACUGGAGAAUGACCUUAUGUCUACUGAUGGCUUGGAGCAUUGUAGGCUUAGCUAUGAUCAAAGGAAUCCAAUCCUCAGGAAAGGUGAUGUAUUUCAGCUCUCUCUUUCCAUAUGUGGUAUUGAUCUGCUUCCUGGUCAGGGGUUUGCUUUUGAGAGGGGCAGUAGAUGGGAUUCUACAUAUGUUCACUCCUAAGCUUGAUAAAAUGUUGGAUCUCCAAGUAUGGCGAGAAGCUGCCACUCAGGUCUUCUUUGCCCUUGGACUGGGUUUUGGUGGAGUUAUUGCCUUUUCCAGUUAUAACAAACAGGAUAAUAACUGCCACUUUGAUGCAGCCCUUGUCUCCUUUAUCAAUUUCUUCACUUCCAUCUUGGCCACAUUGGUUGUUUUUGCUGUGCUAGGCUUCAAAGCCAAUGUCAUGAAUGAAAAGUGUGUGAUUGAAAAUGCUGAGAAGAUCCUGGGUUAUCUGAACACAAAUAUCCUCAGCCAUGCCCUGAUACCACCCCAAGUGAACUUCUCCCAUCUGACAGCCAAGGAUUACACUGAAAUGUAUGCUGUCAUAAAGACAGUGAAAAAGGAUCAAUUUGAGAAUCUGGGAUUGGAUCCCUGCCUGCUGGAAGAUGAGCUUAACAAGUCAGUGCAGGGAACUGGCCUCGCAUUCAUAGCUUUCACAGAAGCAAUGACUCACUUCCCAGCUUCUCCUUUCUGGUCAGUGAUGUUCUUCCUGAUGCUGAUAAACCUGGGUUUGGGAAGCAUGAUUGGGACCAUGGCUGGCAUCACCACCCCCAUCAUUGACAUGUUCAAAGUGCGCAAAGAAGCAUUAACAGUUGGCUGUUGCAUUUUUGCUUUCUUCGUGGGUCUGAUCUUUGUGCAACGCUCAGGCAACUAUUUCGUCACCAUGUUUGAUGAUUACUCUGCAACACUGCCACUCACUCUUGUGGUAAUCCUGGAGAACAUUACUGUGGCUUGGAUUUACGGUACCAAGAAAUUCAUGCAAGAAUUAACAGAAAUGCUGGGUUUCCGGCCUUCCAGCUAUUAUUUUUAUACAUGGAAGUACAUUUCACCCAUCUGUAUGGCUGGCCUGAUGACAGCCAGUAUAAUUCAGCUAGCAGUCAAUCCACCAGGUUAUAGUGCCUGGAUAAGAGAAGAGGCGGCAGAGAAAUUUCUCUUUUACCCUAAAUGGGCAAUGGGCAUACUUGUGUCUCUGAUCAUCUUGGCCAUCCUUCCUCUGCCAGUGGUCUUUAUCCUCCGCCAAUUCCACCUGGUGUCAGAUGGUUCUAAUGUUCUGUCUGUCACAUACAAAAAGGGGCGCAUGAUGAAGGACAUAUCCAACUUGGAAGACAAUGAUGAGACCCGUUUCAUCUUGAGCAAAGUUCCUAGUGAAACCCCUUCUCCAAUGCCUGUACAUCGCUCUUAUCUGGGCCCUGGGAGCACGUCCCCAAUGGAAAUGAGCAAUGUUGCUAAUGGACGCUACAGCAGUGGGUACCUCAUGGAUACCACUCCUGAAUCUGAACUGUGACCAUCGACCAGUAGCCUUCCCCUACUUUCUGGGUAAAAGAGAAGAUAGUCCUUCAGGAGGACAUCUAUGCUUUAAAAAAAAAAAACCCCUUCCUGUCAUGCAUAGCAACCAGAGGUAGAUGAUACCAAGUGUAAAAGGUGAGAAGGAAAGUUGCUUUCCUUCUGGUGCUCUCCAAAUGAAAUACCAGAAUUUUCCUCAGUGAAUAAUAGUAGUCAUAGGACAUUGCAAUAAAUCUUAUGGUCAAAAGGGAAAUUUUAGCUAAUUGGUAUUGAAAAACACAGAUAACCUGUUUCAAGAAAUCUAAGAUUGGGGGAGAGAGAUGGAAUAAGGAAACAGCCAAAACAAAAACAAGAAGCAGCUAGUUCCUUGACUCUCUCUCUCUCUUUCUCUGUCCCUUACUUUUAAUUAGGAGAAGAGGCUUUUGUCCCAUUUGCUGAAUAACUACCACUAUUCAUAGCACAAGAUUUAAAAAGACUAAUAGCCCAAUAUGGAUUCUACGAGGACGUUUCUGGUUUUACACUUUGACCGUAUCCAAUUUGCACAGUCUUAGUGAAGAGGUCUUACAACUCUUGACUAAGAUACAUUUUAUGUAGACAGCACAUUAGAAUGCUUGCCGUUGCAUUAUGUGAGAUUGGUGAUAUUAUUUCUGAAGAUGGAUCAAAAACUGAAGGGUGUUUUGUUUCAGUGAAGUUGGCCAUGGUAUGCAUGCUGCUGAGACUCACAGUGUUCCUCUAUCACAAAUUCAUGUUUGUGCCAUGUGUGUCAGUCAGAACCAAAACUUAGCUCUAUCAGUGUAGUUUUCCAGAAUUCAGGAUGUUGUUCCUGACAUUAUUUACACAACAGUAAUUAAAUGUUGACAUAUAGGACAUAGUAAGAACUAUUCCAGUAGCCGCUCUUUUCUAUAAUAGAGAUGGAGAGAAUAAGUAGCUCCCCAGGCUGUUGUUAGAUUUCAUUGGCAUCAGCUAGGAAGGCUAAUGAUAAGGAAUGCAGGGAACUGCAGUGCAACAUCUGCAGGGCUUCAGGUUCUCUACUCCUGUUAUAUGGGGCCACUAAAUAUAAGGAAGGAAUUUCCUAUAUUAUAAUUUUGAAAGGAGUGACAAGCACAUUAAAAAAACAUUGAUAGCACAUUUCCUUCAACAUAGCACAUGUGAAUUAUGUCCUCCAGCCGGGAUUAGUGUAGCGGGAUUAUCAAACUUUCUAAACAACGUUUUAUAUUUUAUAUCUAAGAUAAUUUAGAUGUUUUCUUCAGACUGUUGCCUCUAUUUUCUUUAACUGCAGUGAGGAAGAUAACUGCACAUAUAUCACAGUAUCAGAUAUUGAUAGAAUUGAUAAGAUUACUAAAGUCUAGUGGCAGAGUUCUUGCCUCCCACUCAGUCACAUUCAGUUGGUGAUUCAAACAAGCAGUGCCAAUUUUUAAAACCAAUUUUAAAAUAUUCUCUUCCUCCUCCUCCAAAAUUGUACAAUUUAUCUGUGAGAGUUUAUGAAGUUGUUCAGGUAAACCAUAUAAUUAAUGAACAUUUUAAAUGGCUUCCCUCUCCCCCUUUCAUUUCAUCCUUCUCUAGUUUUGGUAUUUAAAUAUUCCCUUACUUGCAACUUGUGGACUGAAGUACCACCAAGUCUGUUUUUUUUAAAUAGUAAAUAAUACAUAUUGAUAGGAAUAGUAGUAGCUGUAAAUCAUUUGCAGAAGAUGCUUUAAGAGUUCAUAUGUAGAGAGUUGAGUGGCUAGAUCUUGACUAGAUGUCUGCAAUGGUACAAAAGAUUUAUAGAAGCUACUUUAAAUGUGUUUACUGGGAUUGCCUCUCUAUGGCCAGCUGUUUAUUAGUUUCUGAGACUAAUAUUAUGCAUAAUUUUUUAGCAGUAAACAACAACAAAAAAGAAAAAGAAAAUCUUAUGCUUUGAACAUUGUUGAGAGCCUGAAUCUGCUGGAAUAUUAAUCACCAAUAAUACUUUUAAAGUUGUGUCCAGGGCAUUAUGGGAAAUUAAAAAGGUGAUUGGUCAAUGGAUAGUACUUAUAUUUUCAGAAUAUUGCUGCCUGCCACUAUUAGUUGAGGCUGAUUUUUAUUCUGCUUUAAAUAUACAAUAUAACUUUACAAAGUGGUGGAAUAGAGAAAUAGGGUUUGAAUUUGUGUUUGGCAUAAAUCAACAAUUAAACAGAAGCCAAGAUCUAGUGUCCUAACUCCACUUAAUUCUGUUCAUUGGGUUUCCAGAACACAACGUAGCCCAACACUGAACAGUAUAUCACAAUGCAUUAAAUUAAUGUCAGGAAUCCCAAUUAUCCAGGAUGUAUUCAUUAUGCAAUAGUGAAAAACAACUAGUUUAUUCCCAUAGAGGCAAGGAAGUGUCAGUGAGGAAAUGUCAAGAUGUCAAUAAAAUGAUAAAGAAUGCCCUACUUUCCAGAGACUUAGCAUUUUUACAGUCUUUCUACAAUGUUUUCUGAUGAUUUGGUUUGCCAGUACCUCUGCAUUCCAUUUCAGCAGACAAUGGAUUCUCUUUUUGUUCUUAGGGUUCAGAUUUGACUUCAGACUACUCAGGUAACCUGGAGAAAUAUGCAUAAUUAUACUUUGAUGUCUCCCUUUCCACAUGCUACAUUAUUUAACUAAGCCUUCUUAUGAUAUAUUAUAAUCUGAAUAAACAAUGGAGGUAGCUAAGUUCUUAUUUCAGUCAGUUUCUGACCUUUUUUAGUCCAGUGAUGAAGUAUCACAUUACUAUACAAGUUAUUUUAUUUGUGUUCUGUAAAAGCAGCAAUUUUGCAUAAAGAAAAAGAAAAGAAGCCAUUUUCUGUGAUAGUUCUACAUGUUUCCUAGUCAGAAAUAAAUCUUUUGGAUGUGAGUCAAUAUAAUUCCACUGGAAUCAAUUAAACUAAAUUACUGCUAUUGGAAAUAUGGUCCAACUGCUACAGAUGAAAGGAUUAUAGAAUUGGGAUGGACUUCAUAAAUAGGAGUGCGUGCCUUUGAGAUAAGGUGAGCACCAAGUCUGAUCAAUGCUUACUAUCGGUCAUUCUGAUGAUGGGAAUUGGAGUUCACAUAUAUCUGAAGAUUCAUAUUUUUUUAUAUAUAUAUAUAGGAAACCUAGUAUCUCAGCACCAGCAGUAAUCUGCUAUGAAGUCUCUCUUAAAAAUCUUUAAUAAGAGAAUCCACCACCUUCCAGGCCAUGCAUUGGCUUACUCUGCCAAUGGGUCUUUUCUAAUUCUUAAUCUGCUCUUUCCUCUUUUUUAAAAUCAAUCUGUUCAUUUAGAUCCAAUAUAUAGAAGAGGAAAAAGCACAUUAGUUUACCACCUGUAUGACAGCCCUUGAAAUAUCUGAAGUUGUGGUUAUCUCUUGAUCAUUUCUUUAAGUAAGCCACUUGCUAAAGAAACAAAUGGGUGCCAGUGUGUGGCACUGUUUUUCCAUUUCCACUACAAGGCUGGCCAAUAUACGCCAACAUCCCUUCACUCAGUUAUGCAGAUAUAUUACAACAGGCCAACAAUAUGAAUAAAAUAGUAUGCAGAAGCAUUUUAAGACUACAGGAACAUUUUUUACUCUUCCAGGUAUUAUCAUGUUAACAUUUCCCUACAUAGUUUUAUAUUCUAAAACAUGAAAAGUUGAAAGAAGAGAAGACAACAGAAAAACUUGAUUCAAAGCGGUUAAUGAUCAGAAGGAUAAGAAUUAUGGCAGCUUAUGUUUUUGAUGAUCAUAUACCCUGAUUUGGUGAUUAUGACACUUGUACAAUGAAUGUUAAGAAAGCAGGUGGGGUUUUUUUGUUGUUACUUCAGGCCUAACUAAUUUUUACACAUGACUAUGUGCUGUAGAGUUUUGCAUGCUUUGAAAAAGAUUUGAAUGAAGUGCCAAGAAAGAGGUAAAAGCUGAAUAUCUUUAUUCUAUUUCUUAAAACAGCCCCAGCUUUUUUAGGCCCCUAGAUAAGUUUAAAGAACAGCAUCUUUCUUCAGGUUCAUGCAGAGAGCUGAAAAAGCCGGGCUGCUUUAAUUAUAGUAGUGUACUGAUUUAGAGCACUUGUAUCCAAUUUUUUUAAAGCCUGCACAGCUCUACAGACAUUAGAAAUAUAGUUAGGGAAGUUUAUUUUCAGGAUACAAAGAAAACCACUUCAGAAAGACUGGUUAAGAUAGAGUAAUUAUGCUGGAAUCAAUUAAUUAGAAGCAUGCUGCAGUUAAAGAUAGUUCAGAGUGGAUUUUCUCUUGGAAACAUUUUUUGUGAUGACUGUUUUAGAAAUUAUUAAGAGUAUUAGUUGGUUAUGAUGUAAAAGACAAUCAAGAGUGGGCUUGUAGGUUUCAUUAAGCCUUCUUACUUUUGCUUCCUUAUACUACAGACACUGACAGCUCUAGGACAAAGGUUCUUUUCAGAAUAGUGUUAUAAUGAAUUGGUUUCAGCAGAUUUUUGUUUCCUGCUCUUUAAUUCCUCUUCUGACUUCUCUGGAUAUUCUUGACAAGACUAUAAGCAGAGAUCAUGUGAGCUUGUGAUAUGAACAAUUAAAUGGACUGUUUUCAUUUUUAUAAAGAGAUUGUAAACGGUACAUUUUAAAGCGAAGGAGAUACCACUUGAUUUUUGAUGGUUUCAAUUUGUGAGUCAUGAAAAAGGAAUGAAUCAAGUAGGGAUAAAAAAAAAAAUCUCUGCUAGAAGGUUCCAUUUCUUUUUUUAUUUAUCUUUUGAUAGCUUUUUUCCCCCUGUGGACUCCCUUAAGGAAAAAAAUAUAUAGCCCAGCCCCUAUGAUCUAGAGAUCAUGCAAAAUGUGAAAAGGCAAUCAUUGAAGAAGCUAAUUGCUGAAUACAGAGUUUCCUCUUCCUGUCCAUAUUGUUCUCUCCUGAAGACUUCUUCUUUUGCUCAGAAGGAAGUUAUCAAAGAUUCCCAGAAUUCUUGAUUUGUUCUGGGCACCUUGGGACACGUUUGAACUGCCAUUGGACAAACUGAGCUAAUUCCAUGUAAUGCCCCUUGACUGGCUUCUCAAGGAAAAGAUUUUCCACAAUGGAUCCAUGGCAAUUCCUUCCUUCUUUUGUGUGUGUGUGGGGGGGGAGGGGGGGUAGGAAUAGUGGCAGUGGGAAGGCAAAGAAACAUAUAUUGUUUGUUUGUACAUAAUAUAUAUAUAUAUAAAGAGAGAAGAAAAUAAUCUAUAGAUUCUAUUUCUAUUGUAUAUUUAUUCUGUAAAUAUUGGUGUAAAUUCUGUUAAAUGAGAAACAUAUUCCAAAGUGAUCAGUGAACUAUUUUCAUUCUCAGUGCUGUACAGAUAUAUUUUAUUGUACAUUUGAUAUAUUUAUAAUUUUUUAGUGUCUGAUUAGUGACCACAUCCUGCUGAGCUGCCCGUGGGGCGGGAGGGAGGGGGUGGCGCACAAAAGGGCACUUCUGUCAUUAUUUCUGUGAAAAUAUGUAACAGUAUUUCAUUGUGGCAUUUUGCUAAGCAGCAACUGAGGUGUGAUGGGAAUAAGUGUUAGAUGCCUUGAGCAACUGAUCCAUUGAGUCUCUCUGUGUUAAGACUCAUAUCUGCUGUUGUGCUUAUCUUUGUUCUACUAGAGUUAGUUUUCUUCCUAUAAUAUAAUCUGUUUCAAGGCCAUUCUGUUGCUUUUGUAUGGAUAUUCUGUGUCUGUGGACUUGGACCAAGGUAGAUGUCUGGCUUAUUUUACCAGGAAUAUUACCAAAGCACUACAUUAAUCUGUGUCCUGUAUACAACUAUAUUGCCAAUAGAAUGAGCCCAAAAUAUGGUCAUGUACUGUAUGCUGCUAAACUAAAACACAGAAAAGGAUAGUGGUGGGUGGGGACAUCGUCUUCUGUCAGCGUAGAAUAAUGUGUAGGGCCUGUUGCUUAACAGAUGUAGGAUCAUAUAUGCCCAAUCUUUGUAAAACAAAUAGCCAAUAGAAGAUAAUAAAUAUGCUAUAUCCCUGCUCACUUGAUUGAAUGAGCCUCUCCAGCUUGAUGCCUUCUGGAUUUAUCAGAGUUAAAUUGCUGUAAUCUCAACCAACAUUGAACCAACCAAUCUCAAAGCUGGAAAUUAUGGAAAGGGAGAUUUAAUCCAAGUAGAGGGCUCAAAAGCAGACUAUUUUCUUUCAUUUAUCACUGGGCUACCCCUUAGCUAAGAUCUUAUCUAGCCACUUAGGAUAGGCAAAAAAAUUUAUAGCACAAACUACAGCUUUUGUAAAUACUAGUAUCUAGAAGAGAAAUAUAACUCAUCUGGAACAUGUCUGAUAAAGAAUGAGCCCAAUAGUCUUAAGAAAAUGCUUUUAGCGCCAAUACUGCUACUGAUUUUAUGUGCUUCCAAAGAAGGAGACCAUGAGAAGAUUGAAAUGGCAGGCAACUUCAUGGAGGUUCUCCAUAAGAUUCCAGGAAUGAAGCAAGGUCUUUACAGUUUAAAACUCUUGUCUGAAACAGUAUGCUAUACAGUACAUUUCUUAUAUCUUGGUCCAAACUCAAAUCUUAUCUAAGACAUAUAACUACAUGUCGUAGUCUCUAAAUUUUGCGGGCUUCCACUUUGAUCAGCCUUUCCAGCAUUGGAAAGAUGUAGUUUUCUUAUCAAAAAUACGCGGACAUUGUAAACCACCCAAAAUAUGCUGUAAAGCAUUAUGGGAUAGUAUUUAAGUCUAAGUGCUAUUGCUAUCUGGAAGCAUGAGUUGCUUGAACCAUACUCAUGCUUAAGGUCAAAAUGGAUCCUAUAACUACUCCUGGCUCACCUAUGACAUCAUAAAUUGAGUCCAACUUUCUGCCAACAUGAGUUGAUCCUUCUAGUCAAUGAGUCAAUGCUGCCAAGAUAUACUUCACUCUGGGUUCUAAAAAAAACUUAUAAAGUAAACAAUGAAUGAAGAUAUGAUGAAUCCCAGUAUGAUGAUAUGUGGUUAGAUUAUUAUGAGGUGAAAUGGAAUUAUUAUGAAAAAAUAUAGCAAGGAAGGGAUGGCAAUAUUAUCUGUCUGAUUCUACGCAAAUAUAGGCAUGCUUAGUUACCAUAUAUGACCAUGAGAUGGCAGCAUAGAAACUUUUCUUGCCAUCUAUAAACCAUCUAAAUUUUGUUGCUCUAAUCUUAAAUGUGCAUCAGAUUAUUCUGUAAAACAAAAACACAGUGGGAUUAUUCUAAAGACAGCACCAUUGAACAUUAAUGGCAGCUUUUGAAAUUAGCUCAGCCUUUCUCCUGAUAGUACCCUUUAGAUGAGAUGUGACUGCAGCUACUAGAUUCUGCAAGCCACCACACUGUAAGCUGAGUUAGUUUAAGAUGGUUAGUAUUUUCAGACCCAAAUGUUAUCAGUCUGAAAUUUUAACCUCAGAACUGAGUCUGGCGCUCAUCAGUUCUACAAUAAUUCUAUUCUGGAUAUUCUUUUACCAGUUGGUCCUUUGUGCUUUGCCUCAAUGUUCUAAUAUUCCAGUCAGCCUCACUGACUGUAAUCUUGAAAUUAAGCAUUGCUUUCAGAUUACUGAAACAUUCUGCAGUUUUUACAAAACAUCUAGCAAGAAAAAAAUACUCAACAAUAUAGCAGGAAGUCAAACGGUGAACCUACAUUCUUAUUGCAUAAUCUUCCCAUACAGCUCAGGUGGCUUUAUGAAGAAUAUUUUUAACCUACCAAAUUUUACUAGGCAUUCUUUUUAUAGUAUUGAAUGUUAGGCUUUUUAAAGUGCUACUGGGUUCUGUAGGCAGCUACAAGUGGUACCUACCAUAAGCCUGUAGUAAUAUUUAACUCUAUGGUAUAAUUUCUCGGCUCCCACCAAGAAAUUUCCAUCAACCCGCUAUAGUCCAUAGCCUUGUGUCAUACAGUAUAUAGACUAUAACAUAGAGUAUAUCAGACAUAGAGAAUUAAGGGGGGGGGAAACCUUUUUUUUAAACAAAGGAAGUCUCACAUAUGUCAUCUUCAUUUACAAUAAAAAAACUACAAUAUUAUUGAAACUGCUGCCAGAAGAAACUUUGAUUGCCUAAAUCGACUGAUGUCAUUCAAAAUAUCUUUGGGACAGAAUAAAUAUACACUGAUUUUACAGUAAUCCAGAAAGAUGGGGAAGAAUUAAUUAAAUGCUAUAUUAACUCUAUAUUAAUGCUAACUCUAUCUCGUGGGGAAAGAGUUAGGAUGAGGAUAGUGUAGAUCAGGGAUAGUCAACCUUGGCUCUUUUAUGAAUCGUGGACUUUUAACUCCCAGAAUUCCUGAGCCAGGAAUCUGGUGUAGAUUUAAAUUUAUCUUGCUGUACUGGAUUAGCUGGUUCCCAAAUUUGCCUCUUGAAUCCAUGCUAAGAAGGUCUGUGCAUGAAAUGAGGAUGCUGAACUUGUGGGGGGAGGCUGCUGAGUUUUCUGAAUUGCCUGCAUAGAAAAAAUGAGAAAGCCUAUGGCUGAUGAAACUAGAUUGGGGGUGGGGGUGAAUGGGAAGCACAAUUUGUAGUGACUUAUCUCAUAUACACCAUAGCCAGUGUAACUAUUAUCCCAAGCACCCUGUGUCAGCAGGAGAAUUAUGUUGUAUGGGAGAAAUACUGUAACAACCCACAGCAGCCUGCAAUUAAAAGAGUUUCUUCUUUACCUUG